GUGAAUUGUCUGGAAUCGGAUCCGAAGACCCGUUUGGUUCCCCUCUCAGCCGCCCUCGUGUCCAAUCCGUGUCGGGUUUGGACCGUUGUAUUCAUGAGCGCCACGACGGCUAACUUCAAAGGACAGCGAUAUUCCUCUGGUGUAGAGCUGGACAAUGAGUGGCCGUUGAUAUGCAGUCCGGUAUCGAUGGCAAUGGAUUCGCAGUUUUAUGAUCAGUCGUCGCCAGUAAAGUCCCACAACAAGUGUUCUUCGCCCCAACACUUCCCACACAAUAGUCGCCAAUCGGUAGAGCUGUCGGUCGCGGACCUGACGGCGCCGGAGCUCACCUUCGAUCACAUGUCGAUCCAACAGUUCAUUACCAACGAAAUCAAUUCCAACACAAAUACAUCGUUGGAUGACUCGGUCUCCAUCUUCUCUGCACUUCUCAACGACAAACAACAGUCACAACAAAGUCGUAACCAUCAGAACCCACAUCACCGACAGCAACAACAACAGCAACAGCAACAACACCCGCAACAGCGACCAGAAGUGGCCGAUCAUAACAGUACAAACACAUACGGGCAACAGUCGGGCCACACCUCACACCCGCACCAUUCGGACCCGUAUUCAAUGCCGGGACAGUCUGUGGACACAUACGGACAACAAGUGGACACAUCAUCGGUGGUGAAACAGGAGCCCAUAGAUCCGGACGGAGACUUCUCGAGCAGUUGUAGUCAGAACUCGGGCUAUUCGGGCAGCUAUUCUGGUGGACAGUACGACAAUCGGGAUCAGACUAUCAACGGCUCAGACCAGAGCCCCAUGUCUUUGGUUCACUUCGGCGGCAAUAAUAUGCGUUCCCAUAAGAGCCAUAAGAACGGUAAGAAGAAUGUGGACAAAGCCUCCGAUGAGUACAAGAAGAGGAGGGAAAGGAAUAAUAUAGCCGUCCGUAAGAGUCGAGAGAAGGCGAAGAUCAGGAGUCGGGAGACGGAGAAGAAGGUGUCAGAGUUGGCGCGAGAGAACGACUCUCUCCGCAAGAAAGUGGAUAUGCUUUCCAAAGAGCUAAAUGUGUUGAAGUCUCUGCUCACUAACGUUGGCGUUCCCGCCGAGAGUGUGGACACAGAAAUAGCUAAAGGCCUUCAGAUGGACCACAACUCGACCACUCCGUACGGAUCGUCGAUG